CCGGGAUUUUAUAUAUUUGGAUGUUGUCUCUACCCCGUUUAUACCCUUUUCUUCUAGGCAGUGGGGAUUUACACUUGGCUCGCAGUGUCUGUUAUUUUUGGCGAACAAAAUGCCAUUCGCCAAAAGGAUUGUGGAACCGCAGCUUCUGUGCAGACACCAGAUCCCCAACGAUGAAGGUGUGCUUUUCGAGGACCUGUGUGCCAUCAGUAAUGUGGUUCUCUCGCGGACCUUGCGCCAGUUGUCCGACCUGGCGCGGCACGCCUGCUCUUUAUUUCAGGAGCUGGAAAACGACAUCAUGAGCACCAACAAGCGUGUCUGGUUCCUUCAGAGCAAAAUAGGCCAGAUCCAGCAGACAGCCAGUGCCCUGGACCCCAAAAAGGAGGCAGUGCCGGUGUCGAACCUGGAUAUAGAGAGUAAGCUGUCAGUGCACUAUCAGGCCCCAUGGCACCAGCAACACAAUGUGUUUCACCCCCUUACCAGACCGCCGUGUUUGGAGGAGCUUCACAGAAAUGCUCAGCUGAGUCUGAGAGCUCUGCAUCAAGAAGAACAACAACAUCAGCUUUCCUCAAGCCGGGAGAGAAACAGGGUGACCAUCUCCAUCUCCGUGGCCCCACCCAUGCCUACGUUUCCCUCACCGCACAGCAUCCGCCGGCAACAGAGAAGUCGGCUUGCACAAGCGCAAGAGAGAGCAGAGAGGGAACGAGAACUGGAGUAUCAACCACGAAAGGAGAGGAGUGUGAAAGAAACAGAGAUGCAAACUACAGAGAGAAAGCUACAAGAGAAACCUGUUAGAAAGGAAGAUAUGAAAACAAUCGAAAGGAAGUUUGAGUGCUUUUACUCACUUGACACUAUUGAAGGUUGCAUCUUCAUUCCAUGGAAUAGAAAGGCUACAUCGACAGAGAAAAGAGAAAGGGCUGAGGUCACUGGAGGCCAAACAGCCAAGGCCUUAACCCACAGUACUCCCUCAGCCCAAGAUAAACAAACAAACUGUUCAAAGGAAAACAUCCCGCCAUCAGAUCAGAAGGCAAAUGGCGAUUCUCAAGCUGUGUCCUCUUGCAUUAUCCCCAUAAAUGUUACAGCAGGAGUCGGGUUUGACAGAGAGGCCAGUGCCCGUUGCUCACUAGUUCACUCCCAGUCGGUUCUUCAGAGAAGGAGGAAGCUGAGAAGGAGAAAGACUAUCACAGGAAUACCCAAACGGGUACAACAUGACAUGGACUCAGAUGAAUCACCUGUGGCAAGAGAGCGCACAGUGAUCAUCCAUGCCAAUUCACAUCAGCUUUCUCUUUGUCAAGAGGACCUCUCAAUUAGUGGGCGUCUCCACCACACUCGUGACUCUGGCUGCCAGACAGAUGAUUUCCUUAUAGCAUGCACAGCUGCUCCCUCCCGAAGGCGCAUUAGAGCUCAGCGUAACCAUCAAGGUAUCCCUGCCUCUUUGUCCCACUCCACGGGUAACAUUUCAUCCCUGGGAGACCAGUCUGACUUCCCAUACAUCCCGUCCUCCAGCCAUGGUGGGCGGUUGCGUUCACGUAGCCUUCCAAGAGAGGGUGGACGUCUGAUGGACAGUGAUGAAGACGAUGAUGACAACUAUGAUGAUGAUGAUGAAGAUGAAGAAUUGUCACCUUACGAAGGUGAGGACUUCAUUCCAUCAGGACCAAGCCCCAGAAUGAAGAUGAUGAUGAUGAAGGAUGAAGAAGAGAGCACGGAUGAUCAGGCAGCCCCUGAGCCACUGCAACUUGGAAGUCUAAAAAGACUACAGAGGUCUACUGAAAGAGACAGAGUGGGUGGAGGAGGUGGAAGUCCAGAGCCCAGUUGGAUGGAGAGGGGUCGUUCUCGCUUGCCCCGCAAGGCUGACAUGGGUAGCUGUGAAAUCUCAUCCAGUUCUGAUACUUUUAGUAGUCCUAUUCACUCAGUGUCUACCACAGGAGUUCUAGGCAGCCACGUGGAUCACAAGGAAGACCACCAGUCAUCAAGUGGUAACUGGAGUGGCUCCAGCUCCACGUGCCCCUCACAGACAUCUGAAACCAUCCCCCCACCUUCAUCUCCACCCCUAACAGGCUCUUCUCACUGUGAUUCAGAGCUAUCACUUAACACAGCUGCCAAUGCUAUCGAUGAGGGAUUUUCCCUCGAUCCUUCCUACCACUCUGACCUCAGGCCCCAGAGUCAAGGCCACAGAUCAAGCUCUUUUACAUCAUCAGCCACAGACCAGCUUGAUGAUGCAGGGGUCAGCACAGCCAGUGAAGGGGAGUGGGCGUACCUCCCUGACCAAGACCAGACCGAUGCAGACCAAGACCUGGAGCACACUCAAAAGCUGAGUGACAGCCACCGAUUUCCUCAAGAAUACAGCUCAAAAGAAGGCCUUAAUGAUCAAACAUGUUUUAAUAAACAGAAAAAUAAUACUGAAAAAGAGCCUGGCUCUCAUUACCAAUCUGAUAGAGAGGGUUACUUCUCAUCCUCUGUAAACUUUGGGGAAUAUAAUCAAACUUACAAAGAACACACCUGUAACUAUGCAGACCUAGGGCCUGACUCUCAUCAGUCCAACACUUUGGAAACUCGAUUAUCCCGCGGCAGUUAUCCUCAAUCAUCACUUGAGUUAAAAACAGGCACUAUAACUUUAGGGAGAACGUUUCGUCCUUUAAAAAAAUCAAAAGUCAAACCUCCGCCGCCAAAGCGAAACUCCUCACUAAAGGAAGCCAGUAUUAGUGUUGAUGUUGGAACAGACACACAAACAGAUAAGGAUCAACCAAAGAUCGUUAAUGAGCAAGAACUUACCUCGUCUUCCACAGAUAUGAAGUUGGAACUGGACCUGGAAAUUGGAGUAGCUCCAGAACCAUUACAGUCAUCUUGUCUAGUUUCUGAGUCUUUGGGAACUUGGGGCAUGGGACUGGAGGGAGCCAUGGACGUAGUAGAGCCAAUGUCCUUCAGCUCUGCAGAUACACAUUCAUUUAAGGAUGAGGGUGCUGUGCAAUCUGACUAUGCAGACCUGUGGCUUCACAACAGUGAUCUAAAGUCUAACAAUGGAGAGUACGCAUCAAUGUCGAACUCAAGCACAGCCACAGGCACCACCAUUAUGGAUUGUAUGAAGUCACCAGACAGCUCUUCCUCUUCCACAGAGACACCUCCCCAGGCUGUUGCCCAGACUCUUGAAUCCAAGCAAAGCAGCCCAUCUCUCCCCUCUGGGGACUAUAAGCUUGGGUCACCUGAAAAAUUGGCUAGCCUAGCUUCACCAUCAAGCGGUUAUUCCAGUCAGUCUGAAACCCCAACAUCAACUUUACCCUCAUCAUCAGCAGCAUUCUUCCCAGGACCACUGUCCCCUUCAGCUGGCAAGAGAAAGCCUAAAGUGCCAGAAAGGAAGUCAUCUCUCUCUUCCUUACAACAAUUUCCUAGAGAUGGAGCUUCCAUUUCAUUUUGUAAUAAGAGAGAUCCAGACUUUCCACCUCCACCCUCACAACUUGAUCUGAAUGUUCUACAUGGAGGCUAUGUGAGACACACAUUAUCUCACCGAGCAUACCACAUGCACACCUUACACCAUAGCAAACACAGAGUUGCAAAUGUCUUAUCUGGUGGACCAAAAACAUCAGUCCCUGAAGUAACUAAUACCAACCCACCAACAAGUUCAAGCUCUGCUUUAUCAAACCCAAGCUCAAAUGUUUUACCAGUAACUCCAUCUACAAUUCGUUCCGUGCAGCUUCAUCCAGUAAGCCAAUUUGCUGAGCCACAGAGUACUUCCAUAACAUACCAGGACACAGCAAAUGGAGCUGAGACUGUAACAAGGCCAAAAUGUCCUCCCAGUGGCUCUACUCUAGCUCCUCCACCUGUUAAUACCAGGCCACUUCCUCCUCGAAGGCCACCUCCAAGACCCCCAUGUCAUGACCAUAUCUCCUCUCCUGAACGCCCACAGCCGCCUCCACCUGGUCGCCAUCCUGAUGGACCUCCAUCCUAUGAAAGUCUGCUUCUAAGGCAGGAUCGUUAUGGGCCAGGAACAUUUUGGGCUAUGACUGCCUUCAGAACAAGGAUGGACCCUUCAUCAGACCUCUCUGAAGACAGUUCACCCCUGCAUAGGCCAGUUCCACGUGCUCCACACCCUUCCCCUGUUGAUCUUCACACACAUAUUCACUCACACGCAGAAUUCAGAGGGCUCACCCACUCAGCAAAUGCUCGUUCAGAGUUUAGAGUUUUGGGGGAGCGCUCUUUCUCCCAGGAUGAUGAUGAAGAUGAUGAAGAGGAGGAAGAUGAGGAGGAAGAGCAGGUGAAAGAACUACACAGGGCUGCAUGUUCCAAAGGAGGAAUUCGAUCAGACCACCCUCCUCCCCCAGCAUAUGAAUUUGCUGGAGGAUCCCAUCUAAACUCAGGGCCAUGGGCUAGUCCUGUUAAAGUGCCUGGUAACACAACCGAGACAUCGCAUCCUUACCCAAUCAGCGAUGCCAGAAAAGGACAAGAAAUGCAGAAAGAGGAGAAGGAAAUAAAAUCAGGUGCUACCCGAAGUGCCCAUCAGCACCAACUCCAGGAAAGCAAAGAUGACUCCACCACUCCUGAUACUGAGGAUUACUUUAGCAAAGAUUCCACACCCAGUGACAACUCACUUUCUCCCCUGACGGAGGACACCAAAGUGGAUGACGAUAUUAUUAUCACAUCCCCUAACAAGAGUCGUACAACGGAAGACCUAUUUGCCAUGAUACACAGAUCCAAGAGGAAGGUUCUGGGCCGUAAAGAUUCAGGAGACAUAAACGUGAAGUCUCGUCUUUGCCCUGCUGCAGCUAUAACUCCCAGUAAUGUUUCCAGUGGUGUUAUCCCUCCAGCACCACCUCUGAACUUUCCAGUUACUUUAGCCAAUGCUGUUGGGUCACAAAGAGGCCCUGUCCCCAUCUAUCGCAGUGCUAAAAAAUCAAGCACGUCAAAUGAGGAGUUUAAACUUCUUUUGCUAAAGAAAGGUAGCAGGUCUGAUUCUAGUUAUCGCAUGUCAGCAACAGAGAUUCUGAAGAGUCCCAUUACCCCCAAAACACCAGGGGAGUCCCUUCAGGAAGGUCCUUUUAGACAGCCAGAGGAGCAAUCUUCUAUGUCACAGGAGCCUCCAGUCUCUGGUCUGGACCCAAUCCAGAUACCAGGAAUUUUUCCUCGGGCCAUCUCAGAGAGUUUCACUCCUAAAACCCUUCCUAUGUCGGCUGCAUCUCGUCAGGGACGUUCCCGGAUCCCCCCGGUUGCUAACAGCAGCCGCUACAGUACACGAAGUCGCCUCUACACAGCGCCCAUGCAAGCCAUUUCUGAAGGGGAGACAGAAAACUCAGAUGGGAGCCCUCAUGAUGAUAGAUCAUCAUAAAAUGACCUAAUAAGAACUUUUGCCUGUUGUGUUUUCUGGAUUUUAAAUACCCCCACUACUCUUUUUCAGCAGUAGGGGGACUCCUGCAGCGUUUGAAACCUGACUGUUGCUGAUAUGCACACAGCUAAAAGCAAACUGUUUAAAAGUGGCAGACUGUUGCGAGAAAGAAU